AUGCCUCCUCCUACCUCCCCAGAGAACGACGUGCCUGAGAGAGUAAACAUUCCCCAGCUCUUUGGGCUACGUCACUUGAUGUCUCGUGAUUUCUUCAACCACAUGAACGAGGUGCUGGCCAACUUGUUAAGUGAAUACACGGAGGAACAGCGCCGCCGCAACCUGGCCACCCUGAAUAGGCCCCCGAAUCGACUGUCUAUGUUAACGCUGCUCGAAGAGCACUAUCGACGUUCUGAUCUUCUUGACCACAGCAUGAUAAGAACUACACAUCUUCCCCCAGAAUUACGGAAUUUGUCUUCCCCUGUGCGCUUCUUGGUGAUUCCAGAUCUCGAAGAGGAGAUGGAUUUGGAUAUAGACUUGGACGAGAAUUCUCCUAGGGCCACAUCGUCGAACGUUGGAUCAAGGGGAAGCAAUGCUGUGACUUCCACCCCUUCUUUAGCUCAACCUGUGUCUAGUCCAAGCUCUGCUGCUACCUCGUUGCGUGUUCAGUCUCCUCUCUACUUACAUCUGGAUACCAUGGAUAGCGAGAAUGACGAUAACCAAGAUGCAAGUAGCUCUCCGCACUGGAGCUCUGACGAAGAUGGUGAGUUUGAGGAGCCUUCAGAUCACGAAGUUGACGCAGAGGCUCAUGACUCCGAUGAGGAGAGCAAUAGUGAGAGUGAUACUAGCAGGAGUGACAGCGAUGAAGACGAAAGGGCGGGGCGCUCAAGCAGUGAGAUCGCUCACAUUGAAGCAAGAAAUAAUCUUUUGGAUAGCAUGCAGCUGGCCCAGCGUCUCCUACUAUCGUCCGCUCGCCAAAACCCCGCCAACAGAAACACACUCAUAAUCACCCCUGACCUGAAUCGGGUCACGGGCGGCGUUCCAUUGAGGCGGCAGAAUGCCAUCAGAGUGAAGCGUCGGGAUCCAGAUUCUACACAGAAGUCGUCAGAGGAGGUCGCUAAGGCAUACCAUACCGAGUUCGAAGAGGCUAUCAAGAUAAUUCGGGCGUGCCCUCAAUACCCUGGCAAAUCCCCAAUCUUCAACUCAGGUGCCCGCUUUCCCUUCGGAAAAAGAAACCCCGUUCUUCGCCGUUGGGGUACACUACGCCAUCUGUCACGUAAGUCAAACCUAGAUGCUCAUAUGGACAAGUUUCUUUGUCAGAGAAGGGCAGGAAAACUAUGGCCGGACCACCAAAGUGUAAAAGGUGUGGGAAGCAGAAUAUCUCAUGUCAAACGUUUGUGUUCUGUUGAUCUUCUCCCGCACAGAACCAAACGCUACAAGUAUCACUACACCACAAAGGAGGACUCGUCUAAUAAGUAUCACGAUAUCAUUUAUUCGAUCAAUAAUCGGGAAAGAGUUGCACGCAAACACCGAAACAAGCGAAGGCACGACAAUGAUGAGCGUAGCUCGAGAAAGAGAAGGAGAAUAAAAGAUUCUUCGUUCUCUAAAGCUCACGUUUUUUCAAGCGUAAUGGUGGGAGAUCAUAUCGAUGAAAACUUGCUUACCAGAGAUGAAAAGUAUAGUAUCUUGAGUGGUCUUCCGUGCACCUUCUUGAGUAGUGGAUCGAGUUUCACAUUGGGUCCUAAUAUAGACUGCCACUCGAAGCGGGCUUCAGAUGUCCUCAAUAUGAAUUUUUCUCAUGUUGAUAAUGAGAAGAAACUUCUACAUGGUUAUCUUGAUAUUAACAACGAUGGAUCUGCGCAAGAUGACUUCCCGCUUCUUUCCAACCUUAUUUCCUACCUUUGUGGAGGCAUCAGAUCACAAUUCAUGUUGAAUUGCACGAACAAGGUGAUUCAGAUGAAGGCAGCUCUCCUCAACGAUGUGUUCAUGUUGAGUCUGUCGGUUAAUGGAAAGGACGAGGAUAAUAUAACUUCCUGUCUUCAAAAAUCUUUGAAAAUCCCAUUCCAUGGUGAAAUUGUUGACUUCGAUAAGAAUGACCUUCGGUUCCUACCACAAACCAAAUACAACGCGAACAAAUCAUCGACCAAUGCAUCGUACCACCAUUCAAGAGUUCGCAAUGAACAGGUAAAGUUGCAGCUUCUUGAGUGGCUCCGCAUUCGUCCAUUUAGCAAUUUUUCAGAGAACUUCUUCAUGAAUUAUUUGAUAUUUAUUGAGAAACGUCUCCGAGAAUUUGACAAGUACACAAGGCAUGAACAAGAGCUCACCUUAGAAUUCACUCACCAAUUCAAAGAACUGAUAUAUGAAGUCACAAGAGAGUUUGACUUCGUCACCGAUGAUAUACCGAUGUACAAGGACAAAUUCAGGAAGGCCAUGUGGGACCUUGCGGAGAGGUUUGAGCAUGAGCCUAGAUAUGAUCUCCCCAAAUCAUUCUUUUUGCUUGAGUGGGAGUCAAAGCUCUGCGAAAAGCUAUGUGAGCACUUCACAUAUGACGAUUCAUGCCUUCUUAAUGUUCAGUUAAACUACGUUCUAUUUACAAUACGUGUUGACGUUUCGAGCACCUUGGAUGAGGUAUUCUACCGCUUCCUCGAUAACAUCAAGGAGGAAAAUAAGAAAGUCCUCAUCUCGAAGUAUGCAAAGCUUGCUAGAGAAGCCCUUCCUGAGGAAGCUCGAGAGGCUGUCUUUGUCUGUUCCAUCAAUAGAAAGACUGGCCGCUUAGAAAUGCAAAACACAAGGCUGUACCUUGACUAUAAGUAUGCCGGCUCAUGCGAUGCAAAUGGUGGCAGAGGCGGGAGUAGUUCUGACAGCGAUGAAGAUGAUGCCUUUAUCUCAAGAAGAAGAUACACUCGUCAAAUGCACUGGAAGUGUCUCGAGGAUCCUUACCUCAUGCACACGCCUACAAUGAUGUAUGGGAAGUGGAAGCGGAAUUUCACGAAUUCAUAUCUGUCAGGUGGCGGGCAGGCCCGUGCCGACUUUGCCUGA